CUAGAAGACGCCUUCAGUCGAUUUCGAGCAUUUGUCGAGUGAACAUCGGUAAAAAAGGCUAGCAAACAAAAUAAGUUAGAAAAAUAAAAUUAAAAAAAUAAUAAUAAAUAACAGUGUUAUACAAAAAAAAUAUAUAAGUUUCUAGCCAAAUUGGACGUGUGUGGUUAAAUCUAGUAUUUACUUAAAAAAUUUAAUUUAUUUAUUAACAUAAAAAAUAAAACAGAAAAAAGUUACAAAAUGAGUUCUGCAACAGAAAAUAAUGGAGAUAUUGCGGUUGAAAAAGUUGCCGCCGACGCCACCACUGCCGUCAAAGAGGACAAACAAAUUAAACCAGCCUCAGAAGAAACAUCAGCGGCAUCAGAUAAUGGUACCACCAAACCAGCGGUCACAAAAGACCAGGUCAAAGGAACAAAACGGCCUGCAGAUGACAAAUCACCAGCAUCAAAGAAAGCUAAAAAAGAAAGUGCUGCCAACGCAAGUGAUUGUUCAGAAGAUGAAGAAAUCAUUGAAGAAGAAGAGAUCAUUGAAGAAAUUGACAGCGAUAUUGAAAGCGACGAAUAUGAUCUCCCAUAUGGUGAUGAAGAAGAUGACGAAGAAAAUGAUGUCUCCGGCUCCGAUGACCAAGCGUAAUAAUAAUGUGUAGUCAAAACAUAAAGAAAUAAAAAAAAAAACAAAAAAAAAAUAAAAAAAUCUAUAUAUAUUAUAUUGAUAAGAAAUAAUUUUUAAUUUCUUAUUUUAUUUUUUUUAUGAUGUAAUUUUUUUUUAAUUUAAAUCAGAAAUAAGAAAAAAAAACUUACGAUGCAAGAUUUUUUCCUUUAAUAUUUAAGUUUUAAAAUAUUGAAAAUAAUAACAAAAAAAAUUGAAAAAAAAACCGAAAAAAUAGAAAAGAAAUAGCAGUUACAACAAAUAAAAAAAAGUAUUUUAGAACAAAUAAAAAUACAUAUAAAAAAAACUAAAAUCCACUCUAAUAGAUUUUGCAUAUAAACAACUUUAGAAAAAUCCAAGAAUGGAAAAAAAGUUGCAAGGAACUUUUUUUUCCCAGUGGGAGGGAAGAAACUUUUUUGUGUUCGCUUAAAUCUUGGAUGUGUGUGUGUGGUUGUAGAGAAUGUAAAAAAAUUGUUUUCGUACAAGCCAAAUGCUGCCACAAAUUUUGUUCUUGUUCGUUUCAUAUCUUUUAUGAUUUUUGUCUUCUAACAAAUCUAUUUUUUGAAUCUAGCAAUGAACGAAAAAUUAAACAAAAUUAGUAAACAAGCCAUGUUAAAAGGAUCUGGGUAAGUUAUAAGCUUUUUUCACUCAAUAAAGCAAUCAUUUCGAGUCAUCAUUUCUUUUAGCAUUGUAGUUGCUUAAAAAGCCCAAUUUGAUUUUCAUUUUGUAACUAUUUACAAAAAUAAUUUACGAAAAAGAAAAUGGCUUUCUAUGCAAGACUUUGUAGCAAUUGAUGACCGUAAUUUACUUUUAGACUCCAGUAUUCUAAAGGGUUUAUUAUGAGAAUGAAUAGAGUUCUCUGAAUAUUUUCUGGAAUCUAGACCUGAGUUCUCUUUUAUUUUUAUUUUCAUGUCACACAUUAUUAUUAUUUUUUUGUUUAAAUAAUUUAAUGUUUUGCAAGUAAAAAUAAAAUAAAAUGAAAAAAAAAAACUCAAAACAAAAAUGGUUCGUAUUGUUCACUUCAGUAUUUUAGCUUAUAAACAUUAUAUGUUUAGUUCAUUAGCAUUUUCGAUGUGUUGUUGCAAAAUGCUAUGAACAGCACCCAACAGAAAUUACUUAUAUACAUGUAGAUACUAUAGAAAUGUAGGUUACCAAAUUUAUUCUAAGUCUACAGUUUAAUAAUAUUCACAAAUGAUUUCAUUAAAAAUACAUAUUAUAUUAUUGAGUAUAAAAGACAAAACAAAUAAUAACAUUUAAUAACAUGUACAAAUUAUACAACAAAAUGAAUAAAUGUAAAUUGUUAAAACAAACAAAAACUUAAUAAUAAAUAAAAUAAAUAAUUCUUUAUAAGAAAAAAAAACAAAAAAAAACAAAUACGAGGUUUUUAUUUUUUAUCUGACUGAACUUAACCAAAUACUUACUAGUUUUAUUUUAAAUGUUUGAUCAUCAAGAACAUAAAAAAUUAUAUUUAAUUUUUAUUUUAAAAAAUUGAUUGUCAUACAAAAAUUUACAAUACAAAACAAAUUAUAUACAUCCCAUAAAAAAAAAAAAACAAAAAUACAAUAAAAGUUUUUCAAAAAAAAAAAAAAAAACAUUGUUAACCCUUUGAAAAACAUACCAAUCAAGAGCAAUAAACUUUGUACCAUGAAUCUAUUUAAACAAAAAAAAAUUGAAUAUAAAUCUAUUUAAGAGAAAUAUCAAAUAAAACUCUAAACUUAAUGUUAAUCUUUAAAUAUUUAUAUUAUUUUGUAAUUAUUAUUGUGUAAAUAAAAGAUGAGGUCGAUGAAGUUAUUUAAAGGAUGACAUUUGUUUGACUAUAAAGAUUUUCAAUGUGUUUUUUGGUUAUGGUCAAGAGUACCAUUGAGAAAUAAAAAUAAACAUGUAGUGUGUUUGUAUUUAA